UGUCAGCUUACCAUUCAAGUUGUAUUGCCUCACAGUGAUGACCCUGGUUGCUGCAGCAUACACGGUGGCAAUGCGGUACACAAGGACAGUGGAGGCAGAGCUGUACUUCUCAACAACAGCUGUGUGCAUCACUGAAGUGAUCAAGUUGUUCCUGAGUGUGGGCAUCUUGGCUAGAGAAACUGGAAGUCUGGCAAGGUUAAUAACAUCUUUAAAAGAAAAUGUAUUUGGAAGUCAUAAAGAAUUGCUAAAAUUAAGUGUUCCAUCUUUGGUGUAUGCUCUCCAAAAUAACAUGGCAUUUGUGGCUCUUAGCAACUUGGAUGCAGCAGUGUACCAGGUGACAUACCAGCUGAAGAUCCCUUGUACAGCUUUAUGUACAGUCCUGAUGCUAAACCGCACCCUUAGUAAGCUGCAGUGGUUCUCUGUCUUCAUGCUGUGCGGUGGUGUUACCCUUGUCCAGUGGAACCCUGCUCAGGCUACCAAAGUACAGGUGGAGCAGAAUCCAUUGCUAGGGUUUGGAGCCAUUGCUGUUGCUGUAUUAUGUUCAGGAUUUGCAGGAGUUUAUUUUGAGAAGGUCUUAAAGAGUUCAGAUACUUCCUUGUGGGUGAGGAAUAUUCAGAUGUACUUAUCUGGGAUUGUGGUGACUUUAUUUGGUGUUUACAUGUCAGAUGGAGCUCAGGUUCUUGAGAAGGGGUUCUUCUAUGGCUAUACUUACUACGUCUGGUUUGUCAUCUUUCUCGCCAGCGUAGGUGGCCUCUACACUUCAGUGGUUGUUAAGUACACAGAUAACAUUAUGAAAGGCUUCUCUGCAGCUGCAGCCAUUGUUAUUUCUACUGUGGCAUCAGUCCUCCUCUUUGGCCUCCAGAUAACUGUUACCUUCUCCCUGGGUGCUUUACUGGUCUGUGUUUCUAUUUACCUCUAUGGAUUACCUCGACAAGACACCACAAAAAUUCAGCCAUCAGAGACUACGAGCUCAAAAGAGAGACUUAUUUCUAUGUGACAUUGCCCAUAAAAAUGGACAAAGAUAAAAGACUUAAAAAAACCCCACAAACUGCAUUUUUUAAAAAAUUAGCCUUAAGCUAGUCAUAAAAUGGUUUAAGUGGGGCAGACUCAAAGCAGAAGUUAGUUCUGUUUUACAUGUGAA